AACAUGAACGUGGAAAUUUUGACCAUAUCCUUAAUUGUCAAGAAUUAAUACCAAAUGUUGGCGUAUCUAUUGCCAACAUUAAAAAAUUUCAAGAUACUUUUCAGUUAAAUAUUAGGGCAGAUCUACUUAUUAAAAGAGCUCAACUACAGGGUAGGUAUACAUCUAUGGGAUUGGCAUAUAAUGAAAAAAUUCAAGCCUGUGUAGAAUCCCAUAAAUUAUUUAAUGCUGAUCCAGGAAAUAUUGAAUUAGUAAACUUUGAGUAUUAUCUAUUAAGAGUGAAUAUCAUUACAGAUCCUAAUGAAAUUGAUGUCAUUCUUGAUAAAUGCACAGAUCUUCGGAUUGAGGAAGAAGAAGAAUAA